AUGAUUUUUAAAAUCCUCAAGCACUUCAACAUCGGGAUUCUAAAUCUUCAAUAUAGAUCACCUAGUAUGGCUUUAGAGUUCUCUCAGUGCACUUUAACCAACAUGGAAUACUUUUUGGAUAAAGAUCGUCAUUUGUAUUACUUUCGUGUUAGCAAGAAUGGUAAGAAAAUCUAUAACUUUGAUGACUCUGCUGAGUUUGUUGAUGCUGCUACUGAGCCACAUAUGGUUGAUGAUCAACCUAUUAAUACUCCUCAUGGGGCUCCACAGAUUGAUGCAGAUAUGCAAGAUGAUGAACAGGGGUUGGUCAAGGUUAGGCAAGAUGAGCGCUACGAGGGGGAUUAUCGUAGGCGAGAUGCUUUUGAGGUAGCUCAAUAG